AGGUUUUAUGCUGGAUGAAAAACAUCGAAGCGACUGUGGUGACAAACAGAUCAUUUCAACACGUAUUCAGAGGAUGUUCAGUGGAGCCAUGGUUCACCUGUCUGCUGGGCUGUUGCUAUUUGUUUCUCUCCAGAGCUCAGCACUCGCCCUCCAGAAUGGUUCCCUGCCUCGGACUUUCUCUGGGCACUUUGUCUUGGUCACCUAUGAGCCCGUGGACUUUAUUGACCUGUCGGCAUCAGAAGGUGUGGGGGAUGACGGGGGGUCGGGCUCUGGAUCGGAGCAGGAGCUGGUGAAAGGUCACCACGGCUCACGCCAUCACCCACAGAAGCACUAUUUUGUCUCGGAGGGGGUCAAGCGUUUUCUCCAAGGUCGCCUGGCAACGAGCUUUAUCCCGAGCGUUUACACCCUCGUCUUCAUCAUCAGUGUGCCCCUCAACCUUGCUGCUGUGGUGAUGUUUGUGCAUCAGAUCCGUCCCAGGAAGCCGGCAGUGAUCUACAUGCUGAACCUGGCCUGCGCUGACCUGCUGUUCGGCCUGCUCCUUCCUUUCAAGAUAGCCUACCAUUACCAUGGCAACAACUGGAUCUAUGGCUCCUUCAUGUGCGGGGUUGUGACGGCCGCCUUCUACUGCAACAUGUACUGCUCUGUCCUGCUCAUCACGUGCAUCAGCAUCGACCGCUUCCUGGCUGUGGUGUACCCCAUGAACUCCCUGACCUGGCGCAGCCCUCAGACGGCUUCGGCUGUGUGCGCCGCCAUGUGGCUGCUGGCCCUCGGGGGGGUCUGCCCUCUGCUGGUCUCAGGACAGACCGUCUAUUUGCCAGACCUGGACAUCACCACCUGCCACGAUGUGCUGGAUGUGGAACAACUACAAGGUUACUAUCUGUACUUCUUCCCCAUCUACUCUUCGGUGUUCUUCUUCAUCCCUCUCGUCUUCACCGUCGUCUGUUACGUCCGGAUCAUCCAGGCUCUGGCAGAGACCAACGUGGAGAACCGCUCCAGGAAGACUCGGGCUGUGGUGAUGGCGGCGGUUGUGCUGGUGGUGUUUGUGGUCUGCUUCACUCCCACCAACAUCCUCCUGAUGGUCCACUACGUUCAAGUGUCCCACAGCUCCAGUGACGACUCCUACCAGGCCUACCUGCUCUCCUUGUGCGUGGGCAGCCUCAGCUGCUGUCUGGAUCCAGUCCUCUAUUACUUCGGCUCCUCCCAGUGCCAGAAGCAGAUGGCUGCUGUGUUCAGAUGUAGGCGACUGGCGAAGGUGGAGCGCAGCUCAGAGACGCACAGCACAAGAAGCAGUGGGCGGACAGACAGCAGCAGGUUAAGCAAGAUGGAGAGCGCUGAAACGGGCCUGGGCAGCCACUACAGCCGGCUGGUGGCUUAGGUGCAUGAGGAGGCUGAGUCACUUCCAACACACACCCACACUAUAUCACAUCAAUGUGUAUCUGAAACAUUACUGUUUGACCCAAAGGAAAAAUCAAAACAGCACAAUCACAUACUUACAUGUUUCUGUAUAUAUGCACAGUGUGGUUUGAAAAGGUUUUGGAGAAGCUGCAUGCAGCCUUGUUCAACUGGAUUUAUUUUGUCUUUAAUUAGUUUUUCUUCGAUGUAUCAUUGUUCAACAUGUAUUCACCACAGAGACAAUUAUUUCACAGCAAAGCAUUUUUCUUUAAAAACAUGACUUUUAAUGAAUUACAUAAUAUACAACAAUAAUAAUAUUAAUAAUACUUUUCUCUUUAAUCUGAAGAAAAUCAUGUAAUGUGAUGUAAUCAUUGGGGAACAAUAAAAGUGUCUGUUAGGUUUUUAAAGGUGAGCAGGUCAAAUUAAUCACAUUCAUUCAGUGUGUAAAUAUCCAAGCUUGUGCUGAAGCAUCAAUCAAAAGAAAACUACUGCAUUCACAUAAUUCUGCUUCACACAAAAGUUUUUAUCUCUUGUGUUUUUUCUAUUGCUGCUCACUGUCCUUGUCGUCUUGGCACAGCCCUGAAACACAGGAAAACAUUUCAAAAAGAUGAACUGUGAGAUCAAAGCAGAGGGAAGUGUUCCUUCAUGGAAUUACUGCAAACAUGAUCAAAAUACACAAUGCAUGGCCAUGUUUAAAAGCAGCAUCUCCACCUUGUGGAAACUUGUGUAAGUGGCCCUGACCAGUAGAGAUGAGGACAAAGAGCUAUUUUUCUAUAAUAGAGCAAUGAAAACUGUUUAUUACUGACCGGUUUUCCCAUCGUAGCUGUGGAAGUUCUGCGGGAAGUUCAGACACCCGACUUGCUUCUUGAAAAUUUCAACAUUUUUGGGAUCUAUAAGUCCUGUCCUGGCUGAAAGAGGAGAGAGAGGUUUUCUUUAAAAGAAGGACAUGUUUGAAACUCAGUCCAAAGGUGUGGAGGAGGACGGGACUCACUGAACUGUAGGAUGUAUCUACCGGUGACGUCCCCAUUUCUGAAGGUGUCUGUCCACAGCAGGCAGUCCGGGCACGUCUGCAGGAGGUGUCCUUUGUGCUCAGACAGAUUCUCUUUGAAGAAAAGGGACCGAUUGUCACAUGACGUCUAUGUUUGUAAUUGCAGACUCGUGUAAAGAUAAAUAAACUCACUGCGAAAUGUG